AUGGUUGAUGAUAAAAAGAGGAAGACAACUCCCCCUCCUGCUACACAGAUGCCGCCACUUCCCUUUCCUCAAAGGUUCAGGAAGAAAGAUGAAGAUGUCCAGUUCAAGAAAUUUGUGGACAUGUUUAAGCAAUUACACAUCAACAUCCCGUUUGCUGAAGCAUUAGAGCAGAUGCCUAAGUAUGCUAAGUUUCUUAAGGAUGUUCUCUCCAAGAAGAAGAGAUUUGGUGAAUUUGAAAGCAAACACUUCAAUGGAAAAGCCCUAUGCGAUUUGGGAGCAAGUGUUAACUUGAUGCCUCUAGCUGUAUUCAAUCGAUUAAAUUUGGGUGAAGCAAGGCCAACAACUGUUACAUUGCUCUUUGCUGACAGAAGUAUCUCAUAUCCAAAAGGGAUUGUAGAAGAUGUCUUGGUGAAGGUAGAUAAAUUCAUAUUCCCAGCUGAUUUCAUUGUGUUAGACUGUGAGGUAGAUUGGAAUAUCCCCAUUAUUUGGGACGGCCAUUCUUAG